UUUGUUAUUCUGCCUGUUUGUACGUUCACUUGACGCAGCUGGUUGGGUUGCGUCGCUUUGAGACACAUUUUUGCGUAAACUAGGCUACGUAAGCACGUACCACUCCGACCAAGGAAGAGCAGACCAUACACCGGUGCCACAUUGGAGAUCAAGUCAUUCUUGAAUGAGUUUUAUUCAAAAGGCAUUUCACUGGUUUUCUACUCGGUUUAUGUUGAGAUUCGUCCUCCUGCAAUGGGAAAUACACGUACCGACACGUUUCUGAUCACCGGGGGAUGUGGGUAUUUUGGUUAUCGCCUGGCAUGCUCCCUGCAUAAAAAAGGAGCCAAAAUCAUUCUGUUUGACAAAGUCCCUCCAAACCAAGAAGUGCCAGAGGACAUUGCGUUUGUGCAAGGAGAUCUACGUGACUAUGCACAAGUUGAGAAGGCAGUCACUGGUGUGGACUGUGUAUUCCACAUUGCUUCUUAUGGCAUGUCUGGCAGGGAGCAGCUGAACCGGCAUCUGAUUGAGGCAGUGAAUGUUCAAGGCACACAGAACAUCCUGAAGGCCUGCAUGGAGCAAGGAGUGUCCAGGCUGGUGUACACCAGCACCUUCAAUGUGGUGUUCGGAGGCCAGGUGAUAGAGAACGGAGAUGAAAGCCUCCCUUAUCUACCUCUCCAUCUUCACCCCGACCACUACUCCAGAACCAAGUCCCUGGCUGAGAUGGCAGUGCUAAAAGCCAGCGGCACGGAACUGAAGGACGGCUCUGAGGUGCUGAGAACCUGUGCCCUGCGCCCAGCAGGCAUCUACGGGCCUGGAGAGCAGAGGCACCUGCCCAGGAUAGUGAGCUACAUAGAGAAGGGGAUCUUCAGGUUUGUUUAUGGUGAACCCAGCAGCCUGGUGGAGUUUGUCCAUGUGGACAACCUGGUGUCAGCACAUGAGCUGGCUGCAGAUGCUCUGACUGCAGAGAAGCAGCACUGCUCUGCUGGCCAGGCCUACUUCAUCUCAGACGGCCAGCCUGUCAACAAUUUUGAGUUCUUCAGACCUCUGGUGGAGGGCUUGGGCUAUCCUUUCCCCAAACUGCGCCUACCUAUCUCUCUCAUUUACUUUUUUGCCUUUCUCACAGAAAUGAUCCAUCACAUCAUCGGCCCCUUCUAUAAUUUCCAGCCACUGCUGACACGUACAGAGGUGUAUAAAACUGGUGUGACGCAUUACUUUAGCAUGGCAAAAGCUAAGGCGGAGCUCGGUUAUGAUCCUCAGAAGCACAACCUGGAUGAGGUUGUACAGUGGUUUAGAAGCAGAGGACAUGUGAAAAAACGUCACAGCUCCGUCCUCAGUCGAUUCAUGCUAAACUUCCUGGUCAUCGCUGCCUGUGUGUCUGUCGCUCUCUCUUUUCUUCCAGUCGUUGGCAGUUGAUUAGCAGCUAAAGCAAAAAUAUCAUUCUGACAUUUUCCAAAAUGCCACAUGUAGCCUUCUGUAUAAAGACUGGUUCAUAACGAGGUUGUUUACAUGUCAACUUACAUUAAUAUGACAAGUACAUAUUUUAUUUCAAAAUGGUAAUUAUUGGCAGGUGCUUCAGACACAAGAAGCAGCUGCUUUGAUACUGUAAUACCUAUCAUAUGUGAAAAGAAUCUUAUAAUGUCUGUAACCUCAUGUCUUCAUUCCAGAGACUGUAAGUCAAAUGCUACCUCUUUUCUCCUCAACAGUGAAAAUCUCUUGGGGCAAAAACUGAUAAUUACUGAAUACGUUCCAAUGUUUUACAUGCUGUAUGUGUGAAACUGUAAUAAAUAGUAAGAAAUGUUCUGUAAUAAAUAAAACUUUACAAGGCAAA